GAUUGAAACAUGCAUGCUCAGGAAAAACUUUAUCAUGGACUUGAAUGAUUCAUGAAGAAUGAAUUAUUCCAAAGUCAACUACUGCAACAUCUAUUUCUAGUCAUCUGCCAGCAGCCGCGGGCGAUUGAUCGUCGUCGGCGAUCAUGAAGAUCUUGCCAGGAUUUCUCAGCGCCAAGCGCAGCCUCAAUCCCUUCCGCAGCAACCGCUCUGCGCAAUUGCUGCAGCAGUUCCAGCAGCAGCAGCAGCAGCAGCAGCAGCAGCAGCUGCUGUUUCUGCAAUCCUGUCGAAACCCGGACGAAAAUGAAUCACAGAUAAGCUGUCAAGAGCGGUCUGACGACGUUCCGCACCGACCGACCCCUGCUGCGGUCAUGCACGUCCCAGUCGACGAACCACUCGGCGUCGAGAAGAAUUUGGAAAAGAUACGGAAUCUGCUGAGUGAUCCGGAGGUGAGUCUUAUCGGCGUAGCUGGCGUCGGCGGCGUAGGAAAGACAACCUUGCUGAAGGCCCUCAACAACAGCUUUCUCGAGCAGCGGCAUGAUUUUGAUGCUGUAAUCUUCGCCUCGGCCUUCUACGGCGGCGAGAGGGGCCUCCAGGCGGCCAUCGCGCGGAGGCUCGGCUUGCCGUGGGAGGACAGUCGUAGCAAGAUGGCGAACGCCGUGCGCAUAUCGGUGGCCCUCAAGAGGCGCAGGUUCCUACUGCUGAUUGAUGAUAUCGUAAACCCAGUGGACCUCGAAGAGCUCGGCGUGCCCCCGAAGGGGCCGAGGAGCAAGAGCAAGGUCGUGGUCGCCGCGCGGUCGGAACAGAUCUGCAGAUCGAUGGGCGUGCUCCCCGAGCAUGUGAUCAACGUAGGACCGAUGGAGCCAUGCACGGCGUGGCAGCUGUUCCUGCGGCACGUAGGCACGGAGGCUCCUCAGCCAUGCAUAAUGGAUAUAGCCAAGCGUGUCGCGGGCGAAUGCGGCGGCUUCCCUCUCGGGUUGAGGGCCGUAGGCCAUGCUAUGUCAACGGCGAGAACUAUAGAUGAGUGGCUCCAAAGCCUUGAGGCCUUGAAGAGAUCGAAGGACAAGCUCGAAAGAGAAGGAAAGGCACGGGAAACUCUUCCUCCUGGCAUCGAACAGGCAGUCCUCUCCACCCUAAAAUUUUGUUACAAGAAGUUAGGGCCUGAAAAGUUGAGGGCCGGCAUCUCGUACUGCGCCCUCUUCCCCAAGAACCACUCGAUUCCGAAAGAUGAUCUCAUCUGCUACUGGAUCGGAGAAGGCAUCUUAGAAGGAGCUCAUAAUGAAGGCGAGUCGCUCGUCGACAAGCUCAAGAGCUUUGGAAUGCUGAAGGAAGGUGCUGAUCCGGAGCAAGAGGUGGGGAUGGACGACAUAUUGCGUGAUCUCAUCCUUCAGAUGAAGAAAGGUGAAUUUAUAGCUGAAGCAGGCAGGGGGCUGACCGGCACGCAGAGCUCGCACUACUUUGAAGCGGCGAAGAAGGUGUCCCUGAUGCACAACGACGUCACUGAGAUCGAACAGCUCUUGCAACCCUCCGAGCUCGCCUCGCUCAAUCUCAGAUCCAACAAUCGCCUGAGGAAACUGCCUGAUGACUUUUUUGGCAUGACCCCUUACCUCCGAUUACUUGAUCUGUCGCACACUGGCAUUAGGGAGACACCGAAAGGGAUAAGCCGCCUGGCGUUUCUGAGGCAUCUCGACUUAUCCUUCACCAAGAUCAAAUCACUUCCUGAGGAAAUCGGGGAGAUCAGGAGCUUGGUUCAGCUGAUCCUGGAAGGGACGACCUCGCUUACGACAAUUCCUCCAGGCAUAUUGCCGAAGCUCACCAAGAUGGCAAAACUAAAUCUCUACUGCAGCUACAGCGAUUGGGAACUGAAAGAUGGCAAAGAUGUUGCUGGAGAAAAUGAAGGGCCGAGUUUCGACGAGCUGAAAUACUUGGAGCAGCUGACUGAUCUCGGCAUCACAAUAAGUAGCACGGCUUCGUGGGAGGAUUUUGCCAGUUGCGAGAAGCUGACAAGAUCGGCCACAAGGCUUAUGGUGAAGGAUUGUGGGGAUAUGAGGUCCAUGCACCUAUCGACAAAAUUCAAGAAUCUAAAAGAAGCAAACUUCUCAGAUUGCAGCUUCUUGAAAGAGCUCGAGGUAGGCGGCAGCACUGCUGACGGCAGACCAGAGGAAGCUGAAGGAUCAAAGUGGAAGCUGUCACACCUGGAGGUCCUCCGUCUGAAGGCGCUGUAUGAGGCAAGCAUCAUCUGGGCAGGGGUGCUUACUCGAGAAUGCCUCCCGCUCUUGCGGGAAGUGGAGAUAAGCUUCUGCCAUGAGCUAAAGGACGUGACAUGGGUGAUCCAGCUCGAGCGCAUCGAACGCGUAAUUCUCGACACUUGCAAGAAGAUUGAGCAAGUAAUCAACAUAGAGCGCAGCACAAUGAGCAUAAGGCCUUGCGGAUUGCCCCGCCUUAGAAUUCUAGCAAUCCGUAACCUGCCCAAGUUGAUGAGCCUCUGGACGCUCCCACUGUCUCUCCCCGAGCUAGAAUAUGUGAAGGUGCUGCAGUGCCCACAGUUGAGGAGCCUACCACAGAGUGGCACGGGCGAGAACAUGACAGUCAUCCACGGCGAGAAAGAAUGGUGGGACGCAUUGGAAUGGAAGAAUGAUACCGAGGAUUGUAGCUCUUGGUACUUCCAAGCUGCAGAGUGACGAAGCUGUUGUCGAUCAGCUUCCCUUUGAGUUCAUACACGAAGAUUUUGUGUGUGCGCGCAUGUAUGUUUUCUGUUUCCGAGUAACGGGUAAGAUCCCUAUAUGUGAUGUGAGUUAGAGUAAGCAAUGUAAUAUAGGAGUAUAAAAAGCAUUAGUAGAUACAAAAGUGAGGACUAAAUGGCAGUGUCACAUGUAUCUGUUUGAUGUGCGUUUUCGCCUAUGUACAAAGAAUAACUACUCUUAUGUAAUAAUGCAAUUACAAGUUUGAAAUAAGUCGAGAGUCAUUGGUGAUUUU